GUCCCACUACAGCUUGCAGCUCCGAGGCUCAGGGUAGGUUUAGCAACUGGAAGGUUGGUAUGCAACCUAUUACGAGUAGACACCUUACUGCCUGACAAUCUCAAACCUUUUUUAACAGGCGCGACGCAUAAAGGAUUUACAACUUAAACUUAUUAACAAUACAAAAUAACAAAUAACAAUAACAAAUAACACACAAAUAACACACAAAUAACACAAACUUGCUAACUUGACUCAAGUCGGUCUUUUACGGAGAUGAUAAUACCUAAUAAGCAUGAGCCCUCGAAAGCGUAUAAGGCCAAAUCCUUCUACUGAAGAUAAGAGUAAUGCCACUUUACCUGCGACUUUACCAUCACAGGCCAAUAAUUCCAUUGCGUCACUAUCCUCGAAGUCGUCAAAGUCGUCAAAGUCGUCCAAAUUGUUAUUUUCGCCUACAACUCCAUCAAUGCCACCCGCGAAAAAAGAUGGUUCAAACACGCCUUCAUCUUCUAGAAUCAAUGAUAUAAAGCAGGUCUGUAAUCUACCAGAUGAUUUAUCCAUCUAUUCAUUCAUUCAUUCAUUCAUUUAUAUGAUUCGUCGUAAAACCAAUAAUCCCCAAAGAGCUCCUUGCUGACCGAGGCAUGCCAUAAACCUUAGGUGCGCAAGUCUCGGAGUUGGUAUGGUUCCUGGCCUCGAGUACCCAAAUCCUCUGCUUCGACCCAAGUAUCUCAUCAAAAUAUCAUGGGCGGCACACUACGUCCCGAUGCUUCUCCUGACUUUAGCCGCUUUGACACCAAGAAGAGCGACACUUCGAGCAUUCCUGAUGACCAACCUACGAGCACACCUCCUAAGAUGUCCGAGACGGUCGUGCAAUCUGACCAAGAGGGUAGAAACUCUACAAUAAAACCUCAGGAAGCGACCAAGUCUGAUAGUACUAAUGGGGCGGAUGCACCGAAGGAUCGAGGGACACCUAGCACAGCCAAAGGCAACGAAGAAGUAAAACCAUCGGUAGAAGCAACGCAGCAACCCCAGGCCUCUGGCUGGUUGGGAUGGCUCGGUAUGUCAUCACAAGUUUCACAACCGCCUAUGGCAGACGUACCGAAGGACGAAGUUAUGGAAGUUGAUCCGCCAAAAGAACCCGAAAAUGUGCAACCAAAUCCGCCUGAGCAAACAUCUCCCGAACCUACACUCGCGCCGGGAGAUGAUGCUGGAUCUACAAAGCCUGCAACAUCAUGGUUCGGCUUCUGGUAUUCAUCAGCACCGGCCACGACGGUACCAGUACCCUCGGCGCAAAUGACCACCAAUCUUGAAGUAUCAGCCCAAGAGUCUGCCCCCCAGAAUACGGAGGAUGUGGUCAUGGAAGAUGCUCCACAGACAAAAGCGUUAGAAGUUGCCAGGCCGUCCGGAAGUUCAACCUGGGCGUUCUGGUCAAGAGAUACAUCAGGCCCAAAGGAUGAGGCGAAAACAGCUGGUGCCUCGGAGCCUGGCGAGCUUGCUAUUAUUGGAGAUGGGUCUGAGGCACACCCAAAACGCUCAAGUAGUGCCGAAGUUGAUGGGAAUCCUUCGCUUGUGAAGGAACCUUCGAGUAUGCCGAAGGAAAUUCCAGCCAAGGCAAUUUUAUCUAAGCGGAAUAAGAGGGUGCGACCACAAUCUAUAGACAUAGAUAAUCCGAUUUCCAGACCAGGCACUCCGCAUUCCGACAUAUCUACCAAGACGACACCGUCGAGAUCAACUAUUCCGACACAAAGCAAGUCUUCUGCACAAAAUUCGCUUCUACCCUCGUUUCGUAAUACGUACCGGAUGAAGAACAACCCAUCUAUCAUUAAGCAGAUUACGCAGCUACUUCUACGAACCCAACAGCCCCCCGCAAACCACGUUUUCCUUGUCAAGGAGCCCCCCAAAAUAAAGAAGGCUGUCGCUAUUGGUAUACACGGUCUUUUCCCAGCCUCAUAUCUCAGGCCGAUGAUAGGUCAACCCACUGGAACUUCUAUUCGUUUCGCGAACCAUGGUGCCGACGCGAUUAGAAGAUGGGCGGAUAGCCAUGGCUGUGGUGACUGCGAGAUAGAAAAAGUCGCUCUUGAGGGCGAGGGCAAGAUCGGAGAGAGGGUCGACAACCUGUGGAAGCUUCUUCUUAACUGGGUCGACCACAUCCGUGGCGCUGAUCUUAUUGUUCUAGCCUGCCAUUCCCAAGGGGUCCCUGUUGGUUUAAUGCUACUCGAAAAGCUGAUAGACUUAGAGAUCGUAACCCGCUCCAGAAUCAGUGUGUGCGCUAUGGCGGGUGUUUCUCUCGGACCUUUUCCUGACUACAAGUCCGGUAUGGGUAUGAUCAUGGGUUCGGCUGCCGAACUUUGGCAGUUUGCAGAGCCGGACAGCGACAUAUCCAAAAGAUAUCAACAUGCGCUCGAGGUGGUUGUUGGCUAUGGUGCACGUAUUACAUAUAUUGGUAGCAUCGACGACCAAUUGGUUCCAUUAGAAUCUGCGAUAUAUGCGCCUGCAUCGCAUCCUUAUAUAUAUCGUGCUGUAUUCAUAGAUGGACGAGUUCACGCUCCAGAUUUCAUAGCCCAUCUAGUUGGGUUCGCACUAAAACUUCGGAAUCUGGGAAUCUCCGACCACGGGCUCAUCCGUGAGCUUUCCGUGUCGCUUGCUGGAAGUCUCUAUUCAGGAGAUGGCCAUUCGAGGCUCUACGACGAUCAACAGGUCUACGACCUGGCCCUAACGCAUGCUCUCGAAACAACUGAUGUUUCUGGCGUGCCCUGCCGAAUUCAAAAGCCAGACAAAUUAGUGAAUCCCAACCCCUUUUUGCUGCCGUGGAUUAUGCGUGGGCUAUUGGAAGAAGAGUUUGUCAAGACGGAAUUAUACUCAGAGACGGCUGAAUUGCUUCAGCAGUUUGAUGAUUGGUCACCUAGCACCAAGGCACUCAAGGAUGUCAAAUACAGACUUGAGGCUGUCCGAUCAAGGCUCUAGCAUAUUUGAUCUACGCAGUCUGUUUUCAGCAAUUCAAAUAGACUACGUAUUAUCUUGUGGAGUUUGGGCCGGUUAUUGGAAACAUUGGAGGAGUCAGGCGGUCUGGUUUACCUAUGUAGUACAUACCUUUGUGCAUACCUACAUAUGUAGGUAAACACGAAGUGGAUAUCCUCUUGGGUCACGAUAGUUACUUCGUACCUAAGGUCAGAAUGUAUUAUGUGCGUUGGCAUACAUUGAUGGGUCGGUGGCGAUAUACAUGCAUAAUUCUCCGGGCGUUCUACUCAUGUACAAAAUAUUUAAUUUAUUCAAUCAAUCUUAGCUUAACUCCUUGAGAGUCGAGACCUUUACACACACUAUGUAUUAACUACAUAUGUAUUUACAUAUCCACGUACAUAAAAUGAAAU